AUGAAUUGGUUUGGAAGCUACUUCUCUAAGUGUCCUAAGGAUAUCUUCUCGCUCAACACACAGUUGACUUCGCUCAUGUCGUCUGAAGAUGAACCACAUUUUAUGUCCAACUUGAGGAGCCAUGCACCAGCCCAAGUUGUGGUGAAUCAGCCUGUCCGGGGUGCCAGUAGCAGGACCACCAUCACCACCGUCAUCCAGACGGGCGGGGACUGGAGCACCGGCCUUUUCAGUGUCUGGAGAAAUAAGAGAAUUUGUUUCUGUGGUCUGUUUUGUCCCAUAUGUCUUGAAUGUGACAUUGCCAGGCAUCAUGGAGAGUGUCUUUGUUGGCCAUUGCUACCUGGGUCCUCCUUUGCACUAAGAAUUGGCACUAGAGAGAGACAUAAAAUAUGGGGCACGCUGUGUGAGGACUGGCUGGCGGUGCACUGCUGUUGGCCCUUUUCCAUCUGCCAGGUGGCCCGGGAACUCAAGAUGAGGACCUCUAAAUUCUACGAAACCCAGGAAUCCCCUUCGACUAAGGAUGCCAUGUGUUGA